GUUCGGAGGGGGCCUCGCUCGGGAGAUGGACGGAGAUGGCUGAGCACACUUCGCUUUUUGCAAGAGACCCUGGGACCUUCGUCGCAUUUCGUAUAAAAGCUAUUUAGGAGAUCGCUUGGCCCCCGCUCAGGUUCUCUUCCAUCCCGCUCAGCGUCUCACGUCCAAUCCCGCAUCCCACCACCCAGCAACACCACAAAAAGUGAACCAUCCAAUAAACCCACCAUCAUGGUCGAACACGUAGAAACCAACUCGGUCGCCACCGGCAGCGGCACCAAUGCAUCCACCACCACCACCAACGGCUCGCCCACCUCCCCCGCGGCGUCCACCAAAACCUUCUCCACCCACCCCCACCUCUUCCUGGUCCAUUCCUCCCCCAACUUCCAAUCCAAAAUGACCGCCACAACCCACUUCACACCCAACACCGUCCUCCUCUCCUUCGCCGACACCAUGACCCCGGUCCCCAAACCAUCCUACACGACCGUGCAGAUCUCGACGACCGAGCACAUUGAGUUGAACUCGAAUCUGGUGUACUUGAACCACUCGUGUGACCCCAGUUGUGUGAUUGAUACGGUGAAGAAGGAGGUUAGGGUUGUGAGGGAGGUGCGGGAGGGGGAGGAGUUGACGUUUUUCUAUCCGAGUUCGGAGUGGGAUAUGGAUCAGGCGUUUGAUUGUUGGUGUGGGAGUGAGAAGUGCCUAAAACGCAUCCAAGGCGCAAAAUACCUCACCGUCGACCAACUACAACAUCACUACCUCAACAACCACAUCAUAGAGCUCAUCACGGCCUCUCUGCACGGUUUACCUCGCUAAACUGACAUGAAGAUCAUGAUGUCUUACUCGCAGACGCCGAGACCCAGGACAUCAGUGGAGAUGUGAUUUUUGACCAUCGCCGCGGCUCUUUAUUUUUGCAUAGAGUUAUCUUUAAAUGACAUCGUUAUGGAAGCCGAUUAU